GUGUGUGUGUGUGUGUGAGAGAGAGAUGUGCCUCCUGUCUGUGAAGCAGUCCGCUUAAAUCUGAGCGAGCCGCUAGACAUCAUUUGUCACUAGGCAUUUGGACAUUUAAAGAUUUUGGACAUCUGGAGGUCAGAACAUCACGGUGGCGUUGAAAGGGAACCUAUAAAAGGCGGCUCUAUAGUGAUUCGUUGCUGUUUUUCCCGUUCACUGUGAAGCAGAAGCCCAGCAAGCAGUCAGAAUGGGAAACCGGGGGAUGGAGGAUUUGAUUCCGCUGGUGAACCGAAUGCAGGAUGCGUUUUCUGCGAUCGGACAAAAUGCCAACCUGGACCUUCCCCAGAUCGCCGUGGUUGGCGGUCAGAGCGCAGGGAAAAGCUCUGUACUGGAGAACUUCGUGGGGAAGGACUUUCUGCCUCGAGGCUCUGGCAUCGUGACUCGUCGCCCCCUGGUGUUGCAGCUGAUCACCUGUCCAACAGAGUAUGCUGAGUUUCUCCACUGCAAAGGGAAAAAGUUCAUUGAUUUUGAGGAAGUGCGUCAGGAGAUUGAAGCAGAAACAGAUCGCGUUACUGGACAGAACAAAGGCAUCUCUCCAGUACCAAUCAACCUGAGAGUCUACUCCCCACACGUCCUGAAUCUGACUCUGGUGGACUUGCCUGGAAUGACCAAAGUGCCAGUGGGGGAUCAGCCAGCUGAUAUUGAGUCCCAGAUCAGAGACAUGAUCAUGCAGUUUGUUACAAAGGAGAACUGCCUCCUGCUGGCCGUCUCUCCUGCCAACUCAGACCUCGCCAACUCAGAUGCCCUCAAGAUUGCCAAGGAAGUGGACCCUCAAGGCGUGAGAACGAUUGGUGUGAUAACUAAACUGGACCUGAUGGAUGAGGGCACAGAUGCACGUGAAAUCUUGGAGAACAAGCUUCUUCCUCUGCGUAGAGGCUACAUUGGAGUUGUGAAUCGCAGUCAGAAAGAUAUUGAUGGAAAAAAGGACAUUACUGCUGCCAUGGCAGCUGAGAGGAAGUUCUUCCUCAGCCACCCUUCCUAUCGCCACCUGGCAGAUCGCAUGGGGACGCCUUACCUGCAGAAAGUCCUCAAUCAGCAACUGACCAAUCACAUUCGAGACACGCUGCCAGGGCUGAGGAACAAGCUGCAAAGCCAGCUGCUGUCCAUUGAAAAAGAAGUGGAAGAGUACAAGAACUUCCGCCCAGAUGAUCCCUCCCGCAAGACCAAAGCCCUUCUUCAAAUGGUUCAGCAGUUUGCAGUGGAUUUUGAGAAGUGUAUUGAAGGAUCUGGUGAUCAGAUCGACACUUAUGAACUGUCAGGGGGAGCCAGGAUCAACCGUAUCUUUCAUGAGCGUUUCCCUUUUGAACUGGUCAAGAUGGAAUUUGAUGAAAAAGAGUUGCGUAAGGAAAUCAGCUAUGCUAUUAAAAACAUCCAUGGUAUCAGGACUGGCCUCUUCACCCCUGAUAUGGCCUUUGAGACAAUUGUGAAGAGACAGAUAGCUAAGAUCAAAGAGCCAUGUCAGAAAUGUGUGGACCUGGUCAUCUCUGAGCUGGUCAAUACAGUCAGACAGUGCACUAAGAAGCUGGCUCAGUAUCCAAUGCUGAGGGAGGAAAUGGAGAGGAUUGUCACACAGCAUAUCAGAGACAGAGAGAGUCGCACAAAGGACCAGGUGAUGCUAUUGAUUGACAUUGAGCUGGCCUACAUGAACACCAACCAUGAGGAUUUCAUUGGUUUUGCCAAUGCCCAGCAGAGAAGCAGUCAGAUGAGUAAAAAGAAGGCUGCAGGGAAUCAGGAAGAGAUAAUGGUGAUCAGAAAGGGCUGGCUAACCAUCAAUAACAUUGGUAUCAUGAAGGGAGGGGCGAAAGAGUACUGGUUUGUGCUGACUGCUGAGACUCUGUCCUGGUACAAAGAUGAUGAGGAGAAAGAGAAGAAGUACAUGCUGCCUGUGGAUAACCUGAAGCUCCGAGACAUUGAGAAAAGCUUCAUGUCUAGCAAACACAUCUUUGCCCUCUUCAACACUGAACAAAGGAACGUGUAUAAGGAUUACAGGCAGCUAGAAUUGGCGUGUGAGACACAAGAAGAGGUGGACAGCUGGAAAGCCUCCUUUUUGCGUGCUGGUGUUUACCCAGAACGCAUUGUGGACAAAGAGAAGCAGAGUGAAAGCAGUGAGGAGAGCAGCUCGGACAGCUUCAUGCACUCCAUGGACCCUCAGCUGGAGAGACAGGUGGAGACCAUCCGCAACCUGGUGGACUCCUAUAUGGCUAUCGUCAACAAGACUGUGCGCGAUUUGAUGCCCAAGACCAUCAUGCAUCUUAUGAUUAUCAAUACUAAAGAGUUCAUCCACGCUGAGUUGCUGGCCCAGCUCUACUCUUGCGGAGACCAGAACACUCUGAUGGAGGAAUCAGCUGAACAGGCGCAGCACAGGGAUGAGAUGCUGCGCAUGUACCAUGCACUCAAGGAAGCACUGAGCAUUAUUGGAGACAUCAGUACUACCACUGUGUCCACUGCCAUGCCUCCUCCAGUGGAUGAUUCCUGGCUUCAGGUGCAGGGAGGACCCUCAGGACGAAGAUCCCCCAUGUCCAGCCCCACGCCUCAGCGCCGAGCUCCUCCUGGACCUCCUCGCCCUGGAGCCCGUGCUGCUCCUGGGCCUCCUGCUGCUGGAGCUCCACCAGUCCCCUCCAGACCUGGAGCCUCCCCAGACCCCCACAGUGGCCCACCACCCCAGGUGCCCUCACGUCCCAACCGUGCUCCUCCAGGUGUUCCUAGAAUUUCUAUCAGUGACCAAUGAGGAGGUCCACAAAAUGUCGACGAGUUCCAGCAUCACCUACAAGACCCAACAGAUCCACAGAUUCCCUUAGAAACUAUUAGCCCUGGAUCCCUGCAGGCAGAAAGAACUACUGUCUCCUUACACAAACAUCCACACUCUUGUACACAUCCACACAACUCGUUACACAUCUCCUGAAUGGAAUUUAUCUAAGGAGCACAUGUUUACAUAAAGGCAUCCUUGUCCUUGAAAUAAUCAUGAACCAGGAAGAAGACAGUAAUGGUACUGAUAUCUGAUUGUGUUAAUACUACAGUGUAAUAGAUGUUGUCUUAUGGUUAUUUAUGGCAUUAACAGCACAAGCUACAUAUAUUAUAAAUGAAGCAGAUGGUGUGACCUUCAGCACAUGAGACAUGGGAGGUGUGUCCCAAAUAACAUACUUGUACUAUUUUAUUUUACUAUUUUAUCACACAAAAUUUGCAAGAACAAAUGCACUUCAUUUAACUGAAUAAGUUAAGUGUUCAUAAACUCACAGCUCACAGCUUUACUCAUGUAAUGGAAGUGGGUUGGAGCUACAUCCUCUGAAUAUUUUAAUAUAAAAGCAUAUGACUGCUAGAUGACAUUAGCCUCUCUCAGUUGUAUUUAGUAUAUUUUAUCCUUGCUGACCUUUGCCCCCUGCUGCCUCACUUCCUUCUCUCUCAAGAUCAAUCUGCAUGCAGCUUACAGCAAACAAAAGACCCCCUGCUAAACACUGGCUCACUCAUUCAGUCACUUCCCUGAGAAACCUGCUUCGUUCUCACACUAGAAUGUAGCUAUUAGUCUUGCCAUUUUGUUUAGGGCUUGGCUUAUAACUAGAGCUCUAGAGGCAAGAAUUAGGGAUUUGAUUCUCCUGGGUUAAUUUUACAUUUUAUAUAUGCAUGUCUGACAUAUUUAUUCAUUUAGUUGACACAGGUUUUCCAAACUCAAAUCUUUUGGUUUGGGAAACAAGCUGAUCUAAACAAUCUAUACUUCCAUCUGUAUUUAAGCAAUAAGCAACAAUGCAUUUUUUCCUCAGUUGUAAUGUGUAAACACAUUAACCAUGUGACUUCUCAACAAAUGCCAGUAAAACAGCAAUAACCUGGGUGUCUAUAUAAUAUAUAUAAUCUAUAUAUAUAAUAUAUAUAAUCUAUAUAUAUAAUAUAUAUAAUCUAUAUAUAGCAAUAAGUUAAAGGAAUUUGAAGUUAAAGGAAUACAUGUUUUAAAUCUAUGUAUUAUCUACUGCGUCUGUAUCAUAUGUAAGAUUAAGGCAAGCAUUUUGAUCCUGUACUGAGAAAAGAAAGUAAAACCUGUUUACUUCAAAUUAACUUAAAAUGGAUGGUACAGCAAAACAAAAACAAAACAAUCAAACACUCCAGUCCAUUGCAGUGCACCAUGUACAAAACUGCAUUUAACCAACCAAAGCCCAAAUGUGUAGCCAUUCAACCAACCUGCAUGGGACAGUUGGAGGAAACCCACCAGCAUGGGUGGAGAAUACACAUCACUCCACAUAUACAGUUACCCAAGCUCAGGAUUCAACCUGGGGUCCUAGAGAUGCGAUAAUGCUACCUGCUGCUCUGCCAUGCCAUUCAAAUACUGAUUCUGUAAACCAAAUUCAGAGCUACAACCAUCACACUGAGAAAGUAAGAACAUCUCUGACAAGAUGAGUUAUUUAGGUUUAUUUUCUUUAUUUACAAAAAUUAUCAGCUGAACAUCUACUCUUAGUACUAUAAGUUUUGAUCUGAUGGGUUUUCUAUACUUUUCCCAGUAUAAAUAAACAGAUCAAAAUCUGUUUGCAGGAAGUGAUCUUACUCUAGAUAUGUAGUAGAUAGAUUGGAAAACACUAGAUUGUAUUCCUUUAAUAAUUGGUGUUCAGAAAAAGGUUCCAAAAAGUACUUUUGUUUUUCACUGGGGUGGUACCCUCAACAAUCUUCACCCUUUAUUUAAAACUCCUUUAAAGGUAUAAUUAGGCCUAAAAACCACACCCCUAAAUACAUUAACAUUCACUAAAGAGACUAGUGACAAACAACAGUACAGUUUAGUACUUUUUUCUGUGCGUGUCAGUAUUGCUGUUGUCAGGAAAAAAACAGAAAUAUCUUUUAACAGAGUUACCUGUGGGUAAUUUUAAUGCUUUCUUUUUGCCCGUUAUUUGUCUCUCCUUCUUGCUCCAUUUGUUCUUUUUUUCCACCCAGCCGUCCGAGCAAAGGCAGCCCCUCUCAUGGAGAGAGCCCUCAUCCUUCGUUUGACUCGUAGAACCCAUCCUUCCUCUCCCUCUCUCUACUGCCUUUCCUCUGACCAAGAGGACGUUGAUUGGUGGACACGAAGGACAGAUAUAUCCGUAUAUAUCUAUCUGCUAUGAAGAUUUGUUUACACUAUUUAUUGUUAAUGUGUGAUUAGAUGCAGAGGAGACGCAGAGGGAUAUUAGCAAGGAAGAUUAUGGAAGAGAUGAAUGCCCAGUGUGGACUCAUAUACCAGUGUUGACUGCAGUGUUAUUUGUAAUAAAGGUGCUGUGCAGUGUUUCUAUGUUUACACAAUAGAUAAUGUCAAUGUGUUGUGUGCUGAGCUGUCACUAAAGAAAUGCCUGCAAACAUUUUGCCUUGUUUGUCAGAUUACAAAUAUGGGUUACUGUACACAUGCUUUCAGGCUCCAUCUGAGGCAGAGCUAAAUAUUCUGUGGUGCUGAAUGUUUCAUUUAUUAUCAACCACAACCACAUAAAUGUAUUAAUACUGUGUGCAGGAGCUGUGGAUCCAACAGCUCUGCUAUAUUUAAAGUAAUACAUCACCUGAAAACUACUAAUGAUGCUAAUAAUGAAUAAAAGCUAGUUGGAGUGAAUUAAUAUUAUGCAAUGAAAUCAUGCUCCUGGAUUUCCUCUUGCCUUUAUUUCUUAUUAGCUAUCAAUCUUGGUGAAGAAUUCACAUCAUAUAUAUUGGAUUAUAUAUUGUGCAAUAUGUCUAAUAGAGUAUGUUGUCCAAAUUAUAAGAGAAUUAUGCUGCCUUGCUUUAAUUUGCUGAAACUUGAAUGGAAUAAUUUCUUGAAUACAAUUAUAGAUGGGAAUGGGGAUUGAUCUGGAUAAAUGAUAGAAAAAUAUCCACUUAACAAAUGUGAGAGUGAGUAAAAAAAUGAUAUUUCCCACUAUUUUUCAGUGUUAUACACAGAUUUGUAUUGUGUUGGUAUAUGUUACUUUGUGUACACAUGUACAACUGUUAGGUAGCUAAUAACAGAGUGAAAGAAUUGACUGUAAACAGAUGACUGAUAUGUGUAUAUAUUCGGAAUUGUUCUGUUUAACUGAAUAAUGUGAAUGUGUUUGUGUCUUGUGCCUGAUAUGGCCUCCUGUAUUUUAACGCCACUGGUCCAACCUGAGAAACUGGCCAGUGCAUUGUGUUUUCAUUAAACUGUGGAAGAUGUUAA